GUGCGUGCGUACGUGCGUGCAAGCCUUUAAUCGAACGGAAGAUACACAUUUGACAUUAUAAUGAAAAAACAGAAAGCCAAUAAUAUUUAAUAACAAAGUCGGUGAUGCCGCAUUAAUCAUUCGUCUUGAAAGCAGAUAAUAUCCAUAGUGAAAGAGAUUUUAACAAUGAUGGAGUUGAGCCAUAGCUUAACCCUCAACGAGGAUGCACUUAAUCAAAUUCCUGAAGCAAAACGUCCAGUUUUUGUUUUUGAAUGGCUGAGAUUCUUAGACAAAGUUUUAAUUGCUGCUCAGAAGAACGAUAUUAAAGGAUGUCAGCAAAAAUUAGUCGAACAACUGACCAAGCAUAUGCAAGGUGCUCCAGGACCACCCACUCGACGUUUAAUAGCUCGAUGUCUUGCUACGCUAUUCAGUGUUGGCGAUACAUUUUUACUCUUCGAUACAGUCAAUAAGUGCAAUGAUAUUUUGAAGAAUAAAGACGACUCACCAAGCUUCCUUCCAACUAAACUGGCUGCUAUAUGCUGCGUUGGUUGUAUGUAUGAGAAACUGGGAAGAAUGAUGGGUCGUUCGUACGAAGAAACAGUGCAAAUUUUAAUUAAAUCUCUACGUUCAGCUGAAUCGCAAACUCGUAUUGAAAUUAUGCACACCCUGGAAAAAGUUUGUGCGGGUAUGGGAUCGGCUGUUAUUAAUGUUCAUAAAGAAAUCUAUAAAGUUUGCAGACAUUGUUUAACCGAUAGAGUAAUGGCUGUCAGAUGCGCUGCUGCUAAAUGUCUUCUGGAAAUGUUACAUCAUGCGCCCUUCUUGUAUACAACAGAAAUUGAAAGUGUAGCAACAUUAUGUUUUCGGGCAUUUGAGGGAUCGAAUUACGAAGUACGAUGUUCGGUUGCAAAAUUAUUAGGGAUGCUUGUAGCAAAGACACAACUGUCAGCACCAAAAGGUCAAAAUCCACCAUCUAAUCAAAGUAAAAAUUUCAAAUAUAUAUCAUUGGAAGAAGUUCUGAAUAUUUUAAUGUCUGGCUUUCUAAGAGGUGGCGUAGGAUUCUUGAAAGGGACGGGGGAAAUAAUAAAAGGCAGCUCGGGAGUUAAUAGGGAAGUGCGCGUUGGAGUUACUCAUGCCUACGUAGUAUUCGUACAAAUGCUAGGUAGUACAUGGCUCGAGCGCAAUAUCGCCACCUUAGUCGCUCAUGUGUUGGACCUCGUCGCUAAUCCAAAGGCCGCGAGCUCUCACGUUGACGCGGUCUAUUCAAGGAAAUGCAUAAAUUUUAUGUUAAGGGGAACCAUUGGCAAGCUUCUUGGAGAAGGAGCUCAGGCUGCGGCAUGCAAGGAAAUUGCUCACGUUAUUUUAAAGCAAAUGAAUUCCAUUGAUUUUAGUCCAGAAAAUGCAAAGGAUUGUAAUCAAGAGACAUUAUUUAGUCAGCACUUGCUUGUCUGCGCAUUGCAGGAAAUGGGCAAUUUGAUUCUUGGUUUGGGAACAACAGCCUCGAAUCUCUUGAACGAUCAUUCCUUAAAUUUAGUCGAAACUACAAUGGCUGUUCUGGUCCAUCCCUGUCAAGCCGCUAGACUCGCAGCAGCUUGGUGUUUGAGAUGCAUCUGUGUGGCGGUACCAAGUCAGAUAACACCAUUGAUCGACAGGUGUGUCGAAAGCAUUGAAAGCAUGAGAACGUCACCUGAAGCAAUAACAGGAUACAGUAGCGCGUUAGCUGCAGUUUUAGGAAGUGUACGAUUAUCGCCUCUUGGAGUUCCACACACCAAAGGAAAAAUUAUAUUUAAUACUGCUGAAGAGUUAUUACGAAGUGCAAGUCAAAAUAGCCGUCUAUCGCUAAAUAGAACUCAUGCGGGUUGGCUUCUCAUAGGAGCUAUAAUGACCUUAGGUACCGCUGUUGUGAAAGGACUCUUGCCCAGGAUGCUGCUACUGUGGAGGAAUUCGUUUCCUCGCUCCAAUAAGGAAUUGGAAAGUGAAAAGGCACGCGGUGAUGCAUUUACAUGGCAAGUAACUUUGGAGGGCAGAGCCGGAGCACUUUCAGCGAUGCACAGCUUCCUGUUACACUGUCCUGAAUUAAUGAGCGAGGAUAUUACAAGACGACUUCUGACGCCAAUUGAAUCUGCUUUGACAAUGUUAACGAACUUGUCAACUGUUUUAAAAUGUUAUGGACAACAGUUAAAGGCUCCAGCUGCAAUGGUUCGUCUUCGUUUGUACGAAACAUUAUUAUUAUUACCUCCUCAAACAUUUGAAGGUUCUUACACUCAUCUGCUUAGAAUGUUAGUAUCGGAAUUCACAUUAGCGGACAAUCCAGGAAAUACAACUACUUCAUUACUUCGGACAGUGUGCCAUGCCAACGAUUCAGUUAUACUUGGAACAUGGUUACAAGAAACUGAUCAUCGGACAAUAGAGGAUCAGUUGCAGCCAAAUAGCGCUGCAGGAUCUGGAGCUUUAGAGCAUAAUUCCUGUUGUCUCUAUCGACCUAUACCAUUGGAUGAAUCAUUACCUGGUCCAUUACCCCUUGGCGUCGCUGUUAUCGAUAUGUCAGUUUCCUUAUUUGGUCAAAUCUUUCCGCGUGUAGCAAAUAAACAUCGUCUUCAGAUGCUAGAUCACUUCAGCGAAUGUAUAAGACAUGCCAAGUCAGCAAGACAGGAAGCUAUACAAAUGAAUGUUUUUACAGCUGUUCUGAGUGGUUUUAAAGGCCUUAAUGAAGCGAAAACUGCUUUUGGUCAGGAAGAUGUUAAAAAGUCUGCCACCAGUCUUAUAAUUAGCUCGUUAAUAAGUAGUAAUGCUAUAUUACGUUGGGCUGCUGGUGAAGCUGUUGGUCGUAUGGCACAAGUAAUUUCCGAUGCCAAAUUCACUGCAGAAAUGGCGCAAACGAGUUUUGAUCGUUUAAAAUCAGCUCGCGACGUCGUCAGUAGAACCGGACAUUCAUUAGCAUUAGGAUGUCUUCACAAAUAUGUUGGCGGAAUGGGUUCUAGUCAACAUCUUAAUACCAGUGUUAGCAUUUUACUCGCACUAGCCCAAGACAAUACUUCUCCUGUUGUACAAGUAUGGGCACUUCAUGCAUUAGCUUUAAUAGCAGAUUCCGGUGGGCCAAUGUUCCGGGGAUACGUUGAACCAACUCUUUCUUUAGCAUUAACGCUUUUAUUAAAUGUGCCGCAUUCGUAUAUCGACGUCCAUCAAUGUAUUGGCAAGGUCUUAGCAGCUCUAAUUACUACAAUAGGUCCAGAGCUUCAAGGAAACACUUCGUCGAUAUGUAUGGCUCGGUCUUCUUUUCUAUGCGCCUGUGCCAUCAUGCAAGAUCAUCAAGAUUCUCUUGUUCAAGCUGAGGCUACAGGAUGUCUUCAGCAAUUACAUUUAUUUGCUCCUCGACACGUCAAUCUUUCUUCCCUAGUUCCUACAUUAUGCCGAACGCUAUCGAGCAAUCAUCUGCUUUUAAGAAAAGCAGCGAUAUCGUGUCUUCGUCAAUUAGCACAACGUGAAGCGAAAGAAGUUUGCGAGCAUGCAAUGACAUUGGCUAAUGAAAGCAGAGAUACAAAUAUCGUCGAAGGUUUAAUGAUAACGGAAACUGGGCUUCCUGGUGUUUUAUUCAGUAUGCUCGAUACAGAAACCGAUAGCCAGCUUAUUAAAGAAAUUCAUGAUACAUUGACAAGUAUGUUACAAAUUUUAGCCGCUAAUAAUCUGUCGCCAUGGCUUUCGUUGUGCAAGGACGUACUCACUAUUGCAACAGAAUCAAGUGCAUUGGAGGAUGUUACGAACGUAAAUAUCGAAGAAACAGCUGCCGAGAAUGAAAAUGCAGAUACCGAGGGUGACGAUGAUCAGGCAGAAUUUCACGCAGAUGAGUCGAGUAAACAACGUCAAACAGUUUCACCACGUUGGCCAACUAGAGUUUUUGCCGCCCAAUGCGUUCGUCGUAUUAUUACCGUUUGCUCUAAUGACAAACAAGUUCAUUUCGAUUUAGCCUUAGCCAAGGAAAUGCAAAAUUCUAAAGGAAAAGGUGACUUUCUCGUUUUACACGUAUCAGAUUUGGUUCGCAUGGCAUUUAUGGCAGCAACGAGUGAUUGCGACCCUCUUCGUUUAGAAGGAUUAAAAACAUUACAAGAAAUUAUAGAUAAAUUUGCAAAAGUUCCGGAGCCUGAAUUCCCCGGGCACUUAUUAUUAGAACAAUUUCAAGCCCAAGUUGGAGCUGCUUUACGUCCAGCAUUUUCUGCAGAAACUUCUCCGCAUGUAACGGCAGCUGCUUGUGAAGCUUGUAGUGCUUGGAUUGGUAGUGGCGUGGCACGAGAUCUUAAUGAUCUAAGAAGAGUACAUCAAUUGUUAGUUUCGUCACUUGAAAAAUUAAGAGAAGGGCACUCGCGACCUCAACUCUACAACGAAAGUCUCUCGACACUCGAAAGAGUAGCGAUACUGAAAGCUUGGGCAGAGGUGUACAUUGUCGCAAUGAUAAAUGAUGGCUCAGCUUUGGAUAAUAGAGAAUGCGCUAAUCGCCAUAAUCGAGAAAAUAAUGAAGACGAAGAAAGCUUCGGAGAUUUUGAAUUUAAGAAUGAAAGCUUGUUGAGCUUAGUACAGCCGGAACUUCCAAGCCUAAGUCAGCACUGGCUUGCUGCUUUACGAGAUCACGCACUUCUUUCACUACCUCCAGAAUUUUCAAGUCAACUGCCACACGAUGGCGGAGCUUUUUACACAACAGAUACUAUGGAAUCCGCCCGCCCUUACUAUUUGAACUCUUGGGCACCAAUUUUAUAUGCCGCAACACUCUGGCUCAAUGCAAAGGGUUUUGAGUUAAAUGACAUUGCAGAUUUGAAGGUGAAAAACUCCGAUGGAACUAACAAUAACCAUGCAACUAAGACUGAUUCUAUUAAAGAACGUUUCCACUUAUUAUUCGGUAUUUGUAUGGAGGCUUUGUGUAGUUCUCGCUCAUCCGAAUGUACGCAAAAUAUUGAAACUUGUCUUAGCGCUCUCUACACUCUGCUUGAUUCUGUCUGGGCUAGGGAAAUUUUAAUCGCCAAUCGAUCUCUGCCUAUCGAACUUUGUAAUGUCCUUCACAGGCUAUUAUUAACAAACGAAAGUUAUUCUAUUCAAAUUAUGGUAAUGGAAGUUUUGAAACAAAUAAUGAAAGCAAAUCAAGAAGAUUUAUCUAAAAGAAAAAAGGAAAGAUUAAACGAACUUACCUCCAAUGACGACGAGACGAAUGAUCUUCCGGAACUAGAUUUAUUAGGUGAAGGAGAACAUCCGGAUGACUUAACACCAGGAAAGUCAUUAGUUUUUGCAAUAUUAGAAGUGUGCUUAUGUUUGUUGGUCCGUCAAAUUCCGGCUUUAAAUCCAAAUCCUGGUGGGGCCACGGCAAUUUUAAGUCAACGUGGCUAUUUACCAUCCGAAGAAAGUGGAAAGCUUAUUGCCGCUGCACUUUUAAUUAUGGAAUCUCUUCCAAGCCUUUGUUCCCCUGCAGGUUCUGUGACAAUUUUACCAACUCUUCUUUAUUUGACGACUGGUGUAAUUCGAGAAACUGCGCUUCGAGCUGAAAAUAAUAUUAUUAAAACUGGAAGUGAAACUCCAGUACAUGCUGCAUUGCAUUGCUUAAAGAAUCUCGCCAUCAAUAAAUAUUCGAGAGAUCCUCGAAGUCAAGAUCAAUGGACAACUCUUUUACAGAGCGCCCUUGCAAAAAUCAUCGAUCUCGCCAAAACAGGUAACGAUGAAACCAAAAUGGAUGAAAUAUCAAUGAUGUUGGGAAUCGCUGUUUUUGUUCUUCAUGCCUUACCUGACGUGGUUAGCGCACCAAAUUUACAAUUUCCUUGUAUCAAUCAUUUUCGACAUGCUAUUCAAUCGGAUAAUAUUUAUAUAAGGCUAAAGUGCGUACAAACUUUGAAAACGAUCUUCCUCCACCCAGAGCGCAGCAUCAGUACACCUUACAUUCAUGCACUCGCACCUAGAAUAGUCGAGUUUUUAUAUAGCGAUCAGAGCAAGCAAGUACCAAAUGAUACAAAUUUACAAUUUACGUUAGAAUGUAUUACGACAAUAGAGAGUUUGAUAACAUUAGCCGAACCUGCACGACGAGAUUUAUUACAAGGAAUUCAGAUGCUAACAUUAUUGGUUCCGAUUUUAAUAAAUUAUUUAUUAGAGAGCGAACAGUUUCAUCAAAGUACAAAAUAUCAAAUUAGUCUUCAUCAACAUAGUUUCCAAUGGCUAAAUAAAAUUGGACCGAAAUACCCGCAGGAAUUUAAAACAUUGAUGUCGCAAUCCACCGAACUGAAAACCAAAUUAGAAAAUGCAGUGCGUCUCACCCACCAGCAGCAAGCUCAGAGGCAAUCAAAAAUAUCAGAAUCAACAAAGGCUCAAUUGAAAAUACCUGCACCAUCGAUUACUCUCAAAACAGAUUUUUCAAACUUCAAUUAGAUACAUACAUAAAUGAAACAUAUUUUUCAUUAUGUAUAAAUAAACAAAUGUAUAAAUAAAAAAUUAUAACGGUAGGUAUAUUAUAGCCUCAGUAAGUGCCAAAUUUACCAUGGGCAAUAAUAAGUUUAAAAACGGAAACGUAAGUUGCAAUAAAAUUAUAAUUUAUUAUUCAUCGAGU